AUGCUCUUCACUGCAAGCACAGCGCUAACUUGGAGUACAUUUACUGGCUACACUGAAUUCACGAACAACAGGAACUUUGUGUUUCUUCAAGUGGGGGCCAAAACUUACAGCUGGUACGUCUCUGCCAAUUGGGACCCUGAAGCCACUAAUGGGAAGAUCAUUUGCAUGAUAGUAAUUUUAUACUGGUGCUUCCUAACGUUUGGUUUAUUUGCCGCCAUUUGUAUAGCCCUAAUAUUCACUUUCUACGCCAUGAGAAAAAGCCACUUGCGGAUAAAGAAUAAAAAAGCUGGAGACUCACUUUCGCUGGAAACGAGUAACGCCGGCAGCGGUGGGAAUAGAGUGGCCAUAUAA